AUGUCUGCGAGUGGAUUUCUGGUCCUGGACUCAGGCAGCGCCUCUUCGUCUAUAGUCGCGAACAGCGACGAGGAGGCUGAUGCUGCCGGGAGCCCUUUUGUUGUCCUGCACAGCGCAGCCCAGGUCGAUCACCAUGGGCGCUCCCUUCCUACGGCUAUCCGCGUUGGUGGCGUCAGCCCCGUCGACUGGCCAUCCAGCCUUGACGACACCACGACACACGCUCUGCAGCCAGUGGACACCACGGCGGUGUUCUUUGACCCUGACUCCCAGCGCGCCGACUCAAUCCUCCAGGGGGCCGGCUUAUGGCCGCUAGGGAACGUCGGUGGCGGCACCACAGCGACCCAACUCCUGCCAGGUAUUGCAAACAGUCCGGCAGCUAGCUCUUCAUCGCCAGCGCUCGUGACGCGCUCGGUCGUACCAGUCAGGUGGUCACGAGGCCCCGGGACGAGCUCAGGCGGCGGCGCCAACUCCUCAGCCGACGGCUGGGGUCACGUUACAGCGGCGGCGGCAGCGACGGACGCCGGAGACCCGCUGCCAUCGCCGCCGCUGCGAAUAGGGCAAGAGGCUGCGGGUGGCGGCCCUGGCGCCGCAGCUACCGCCGCGCCGUCAGCUUCCAGCCCUGCUCAUGGUGCUGGCAGUAGCACUCGCGCUAGCACGAAUGUUGAUGCCGCAGUAUCAGCCCUUACGAUGAGCAGGAGCCGGAGCGGCGCCUGCCAGGGCGGCUUCGCGGGCAGCGGCCAGCAGAAGCAGCAGGAGCAGCUGGAGCAGCAGAAGCAGCAGGAGCAGCUUGAAGAGGUCAAUCUUCGGAAGGGGCAGGAGGAGAAGGAAGGGGAGGCGCUGUCUGGUGACAGCGCCGAGGGAGACGGAAGUGAUGACGGCGGUGCGAUAGGGUUACUUGGCGGUCUGGAUGAAGACACUCUGCGUUCCAUUCCGCCGGCUCUAAUGCAGAUGCUGCUGCAGUUGGAGGAGGAGCGAGACGAGCUGGCGGGGAGGCUGCUGGAGUCCGAUGCGGAGCUCUCGGCGCUCCGAGCUAGCUACCAGCAGCUCUCUCAAUCACACGCCAGCAGCCAGACCUGGCUCAACCAGCUGCUGACGCAGCAGCUGGAGAUCCAUGAGCGCCGCCAGCAGCAGCUGCGCCGCCGUCGCGCCGCCCAGCAGCUGGCGGCGCCAGUUGCGCCUGUGGAUGUGGAGGACGUGACGGGGGAGGUCGAGGUGGAGGAGGUCACCGGGGAAGUAGAGCUGGAUAGGGAGGAUAGGGAAGAGGUCCCGCUGGCUGCGGCCGGGUCGCGAUUGCGGGGAGGAGCUGGUGGGGUGCUGGCGGCCCCAGCAGCGGCAGCAGCAGGGCCGGUGUCAGGGGCUGACCUGGCGCUGCUAGGGUGUGGAAGUGGUGGGGAGGUGGGGGGCGGGGUCCAGGAAGCUGCGCGGGAGCAGCAGGUCGCGUCAACGUUAGCGUUACUGCCGUCGCAGCGGUUGCUGCCAGCGGCCGCGGCGGUAGAGGCUGAGACCGAGGCCGGGUUUGCUCAAGCGGAACGAAGUGGCAGUGGUGUCGAGCGGGAACAAGUUGUAUCCCAGCACUGUAAUGAGGCUUUGUUUUUACGUUCGGAGAGCAAUGGCGUGGGCGCAUCAGGUGUUGCUGGCAGCGGUGCUAGUGGUGCUGCUGCUAAGCGCUCCGCUGCGUCGGCUGUAGCGUCAGCCUCUGGUAGCAGCAGUGGCAGCGGUUCCGAUGACGAGACCGCGAAUGUACGCGGCGGGGAAGCGCAUAGAGACGGCAGUGGCACCGUCGCUAACGACGGCGGCGGCUGCAUCGACGCUGGUUCCUCAAUUGCGGUAGCUGUGGACGCUCCGGCGACGGCGGCGGCAGCCCAAGUCGAGUUGCAGCCGCCAGCCAGGUUGGCGGUGCAGGUCCAAACGGUGAUGCAGGACGGGCCGGCAGCGGCUGCACAGGUGGCCGACGAUGGCCCCAUGGGUUGGUCUAUCGUGUCGGCACUGGACGAGGACAGGGAAGAGAGGGAAAUGGGCGGCCAGAAAGAGGAGGAGGAGGAUGAGCAGGAGUGCUCGCAGGAGGAAGCCACGCCUUUCAUGGCCACGGGGGAGGUGGAAACCGGUGGACUGCGGAGGCGGCGACAGCCGCAACAAAAACAGCAAGAGCAGCAGCAGACGACGACGACGACGACGACGGAGGAGGAGGAGCAAGUGCAGCAGCAAGUUCAAGAUGGACAGCGUCACCGCAAUGAGGAUGCGACGACUCCACGUCGGCCGCCUGGCAGGCCUGGCAAACGCGCCGCAGCAGAGGUCGGUGUCGGCGGUUGGGGCUUUCUGGCGGAUGUUCGGUUCCCAGGGCUUUCCGCGCCGCUGCCGUUCCCAGCCCUGGCCGUGGCUCUCAUGACUUUAUCGGUGCUCCUGUUGCUGCUCACGACGGGCGGUAUACUGCUAAAGAGGGCGACAGCAUCAGCACCGCCCCCAUCGCGAGGCAUCGUCGCGGGUCACCCCGCCCCAGAAAUCCCUCCCCCUCAAAUCCCUGCCCCUCGGGCCCCACCUUUAUCGGAACCGCCAGCACGGUCCCGCAAAGCGCCGCGGGCAGGACCGGUGGGGGCUGCCGCUGCCGCUACGCCCACAGCUAAUGCCGCUGCCGCCGCCGCGGUUACAGUGGCGAUGGCGGCCGCAGGCGUUGAAGUUCUUCCUGGACAGUCCCUGUGCCUGCUGGGCGCUGCUGCAUCUGCGAGAGUAGGGCCAGCAGUCAAUCCACCUGUCCCUGAGCUGUGCACCGUCUCCUUCGAUUACGCGGAGUGCAGGCAUAUUGAUCAAGAUGGAGGGGGUUCGACCGGCUCGGGCUUGGGAGCAGCAGCAGCGGCGGCUGCGGCGACAGCGACUGUGAUGUCCGCGGCAACGGCGGCGGUGACUGUUUCUCUAGGCAGUGGGCCAGCGCCGCAGCGAGGCGAAGUUAUUGUAAUGGCGGCGGGGGAGGGCCGACGAGCUGAGAGGGGUGCGGAAGCAGGUAAUGGGGCCGGCAUCGCCAUUGGUGCGACCUCAACCGCCCCUACUGCCUCCUCGAGAGCUGGUGACACAGCCUGCAUGGGAGGCGCCACCGCUGCAGCCACUGCCGCGGCUGCUGCAUGGGUUGCCCCGCCGCCGCCGCCGUCAAGCGCCGCCUUCGUGGCUGUGACGGGUGCUCAGGAGGCGCCACCGCACCAGCCUGCUUGCGCUAAGCUACAGCGACUGGGCGAGGCCUUUUGCUUCCACGGAGGGAAGAAACCUAGCUUGGGUACGGUUUCGGAGCAUGGCAACAGCAAGACGGGCCAGGACCGCCAAUGUCGUAGCAAGGCAAAAGAAGAGCAGAGCAUGGCCACGACAGCGACGGGGCACGGCCGCAGCGACGGACGGCAGCAGCGGGGUGACGGUGACCGCGGCCGCGGAGGCAGCCGCAGCCGUGGCGCCGCUCACCCCCUGGAGGCUGAUCACCAGGACGAGGAUCAGGCACUUGAGCACGGCAUCGCUUCUCAGCCCCUGGUGACGGGGGUGGCGGAGGAUGAGGAGCUCCCGGAGGCCCUGGGGGCGGCACACAAGGCCAUAACUCUGGCGUCUCGUCUUUGCGCAGACACAGGCUUGGCCAACCUGACGGCACAGCUGCAGCAGCGACUCGCCGGGGCGCUGGCGGAGGCGGCCGACGUCACCACUAUUCACCUAGGCGUGUCGUACAGCGGCGGCGCCGCCGCCGUGGAGGCGGCGCUGGCGAACGCGAGCAGUUGCCUUUCCUGGCAGGCACAGCGCGCGGAAGAGGAGGCGAGUACAGCGGCUUGCAGACGGCGGUGCAGCCCCAGGGCACGCCUCCUGGCCGCGCUCCGCGGCAUGGGCGUCCCUGUAUCCUUCUUGGAGCGCCAGCCAGAUUGGUUGGACCUGGAUUUGGAUUCUAUCCUGGAUUUGAACCUGGAUUUAGAUUUAGAUGCAUGGCUCCGCUCGGCAAAGAAGCCGGUAAUGGAUUGGCUCGCCGCCGCUGCGGCGGCAGCCGCCGACGGAGGUCACGGCGCCGCGUGGGAGUCUGCAUGGCAGGCGGCACGCGACGGCUCCGCCACGGCGGCGGCCAUGGGCGCGCGUGUGGCGCGCGCGGCUGCGGACGCCGCCAAGGCGGCGGCUGCCGCCGCCACGGAAGCUGCUUCGGAAGCGGUGCGCAGGGGGCUCGGAGGAGGCGAGUUGGGCAACGGCCAUUGGGCCGACCUGACACGUGCAGGCCAGCAGGUGGGAGCUGAGGUGCGAAGGAUGGCGGCGGCGGUAGCGGGGGCAGCGGCGGAGAGGGCGGCGCGGGGCUCCAAGGCCUGGACGGGGAUGGGUGCAGCCCACUCAGCGUCGUCGUCAUCGUCCUCAUCGUCGUCGUCUUCCCACAGUUCGACUUUGGAGAACAUGAUGGCAUUGCUGAGACAGGCUUACAAGCAGCAAUGGAAAGUGAUGGGUUGCGGCUGCGGCAGCGGCGGGGUUGCAACUGCUUCCGCGAAGAGCAGCACGACUUUCAGCAAGCCAUGCGUCCGCGGCUUUGAGGCGCUGUUGCAGGCCGCAAGACAGGCUGCGACAGCGGCCGACAGCGUCUCAUACGGAGACUGUUAUGACAGUAAUGAGGACGACGACCCAUGGGUCAGUGGCCAGCGCCAGCAGCAGCGGCGGCGGCAGCGGCACGACGGCAACUGCCAGCGCCAGUCGAGGGAAGGCGACAUGUGCGACAGCAAGCGCGACGGCGGAAGAAAUGGGCGCAAGACUGGCGCUGGGGGCAGCCGCUGCCGUCGCAGCGAGGAAGAUCGGGUGCUGGCGGCAGUGCCGGCAGUUGUACGGCGCUUCCGCGACGAUGUUAAUGAGUUGGCGGCCGCCGUGUCAGCGGUACGUGAUCGAUGUGAGGGGACGGCGGGAGGCGUCAUGACCUACCUGGAGCAGCAGCAGCUGCAGCUGCAGCGUCGGCAUUGA